AGAAAAAGAAAGUUAGUCAUCUUCCCUAUAAAACAUAUGAAAUGUCAGCAACCAACAACCAAAAAGUACCUCAUUCAAGAGCUUCUCACAGACAAACAAGCAGCAAAAAGAAUUAAGGUUUUUCCAUCAUGGGAAGGAAACUGGAUGCUCUACUGGGAAGGAACAGAUAUUUGAAGCCUUCCAAGUUUAAGACCCUUGCUAAUAUGGCCAUUUCUAGGACUUCCAUCCUAAAAAACCAGCACCGUGCCCGCAGCUCCCUUGCUCGUGCCGACGUUCUUCAGCUCUUGAACCUCAGUUACCAACACCGUGCUCAGCUUAGAGUUGAGAUUGUGAUCAAGGAGAAUAACAUGUUGGAUGCACUUGAAAUGAUAGAGGAUUACUGUUGCCUCCUAAUUGAAAAGGUGGCUCUUCUUCAGAUGAACAAGGAAUGCCCCGGUGAAGUUAAGGAGGCGAUAUCGAGUCUGAUUUUUGCAGCUUCAAGGUGUGGAGAGUUUCCAGAACUUCAGGAGAUCCGUCGGAUUUUAGAGUUGAAGUUUGGUACAGAGUUUGCCAGCAGUGCCGUUAAUUUACGCAACAACUGCGGAGUUAGUCCCAAGAUGAUCCAAAAGUUUUCAACAAAACAGCCCAGCGCUGAAACUAAACUGAAAGUGCUAAAGGAAAUUGCUUCGGAGAAUGGCAUUACUCAGCAUUUAGAGGAAGAACCAGCAAUAAUCAUCAAGGAAAAGCUAAAUCAAAAGUUGGAAGCCAAGGAAGCAGCAGAUUUGGAUAAUCCUGAAGUCAUAAACACCACAGAUAAUCUACAUGAAGUUAUUACAAGUGACGAGUCAGCAUUGGAAUCAGUGAAAGCAAAAAAGUUUAAAGAUGUAGCUAGCGCCACUCAAGAAGCCUUCCAAUCAGCAGCUUAUGCAGCAUUAGCAGCUAAAGCUGCAAUCACGCUUUCAAAGUCUGAAGCGCAGGAUAUUGAUUCAGAUCAUGAAGAUGGCUCUCAUCUUCAAACGGAUGAAAAAAGCUCAGAUUUGGAUAGUUCUCAUGAACCUAAGCUUAAUACAAAAGAAGCUAGCAUACCUUCCAGUAAGAUUGACUAUUCAGAUGACAGAUUUAGUUUCGAAAAAAUUUGUCCUGCUGAGCUUGAAAGUUGCAGUUCAGAAUAUGAAGAUGCAGACAUGGCAGAAAGCAAUCAAAUAGAAUUACCAAAAGAAACUGCCAAAGAAAUCAUGUCAUCUGUUCUAAUCUUGGAUUCAGAUAUUAGCAAUAUGAAGGAGCAAUCAUCAAAACUAAAUUCAAUCUUCUACAAUGAGCCAGAAGGCGACAAGAUAAUCGGUAAAGAAAAUGAAGUUGCCAGUAAAAAUGAAAUUUCAGAAGAUAUCAGAGUUCACGAAUCGAAGUAAAUUUCUUAGCAGGUUUCAACUGGAUUUUGCUGAAAUCUCAGGCUGGCACAUCCUAGAUUGAAAGCAAACAUGAAGUGGAACUUUUGAAACCCAAUAUACAAUCAGUAGUUUCAAAUUUCUAUAUAAAAUGGUACAAACAAUUUUGCUAGGGCAGACAUGUAAACAUUACUAUUUUUUCAGAGAAUUCAAUUUAAGUACAAUACAUUUAUAUGGUUGAAAAGAAUGUAACUAAUGCUAGGAUGGAUAACAAGGAAAUCUUUAAUAUUGCAAAGUUCUCAUCGAUUUAGGAUUCUAACAAAAUCUUGGAUACGAAUGAGACUUGGACAAAAGUUCAAAAAAAAAAUUACUUGAAGGAAGCAAGCUUACAAAAUCGGUGUAUUUAGAGGUAGAGGCAUCUUAUGUAACUUGGGGUUAGGAAGCCAAACAUAUAUUUGAUGUGUGAGUUAUUUAUACCAGGUUAUGGGAUUGACAAUUAUAGAUCCGCUAAUCCUGCAAAUUUGUUAGUGUUACACAAAUCUAGGCUUUAGAAAAUAACCUUUUGUAUUCUGUAAACUUAUACAAACUAU